AUGGAAGUCAACCACGGUGGCCGGAUGGCACCGACACUCGGUCCUAACUGGGCUGAGAUAACUCGGGAAUGUCUUCUGGACAUCUUCUCACGCCUUAGCCAGGAAGAAAGAUGGAUGAGACCGAUGCUUGUCUGCAAGACUUGGAUGAACACAUGCCAUGAACCGUCACUCAACACGAUCUUUGAUCUCGAAACUCGGUUUCAGUCAUUCCCGGAGUCCAUCAACUGGUGGACUCCCGAGUUUGAAGACAGGGUUGAUGCCUUCCUCAGAUCCGUCGUUGACUGGAGCGAAGGAGGCCUCACAGAGAUUCGUGUCAGGCACUGCACAGAUCGCUCUCUAUCUUACGCUGCUGAGAGGUGCCCUAAACUAGAGGUGCUUUGGAUUAAGAGCUGCCCUCACGUCACUGAUGCAUCGAUGGCAAAGAUAGCUUCAAACUGUCCAAAUCUUAGAGAGCUUGAUGUAAGCUACUCUUAUUGUAUAUCUCACGAGGCUCUGUCCAUGUUGGGGAGGCAUUGCCCGAACCUAGAGAUCUUGAAACGGAACCUGUUUCCUCGGCAAGGUCCCAACGUGUCUACAAUUGUAGCGCCGGUUGAUUAUAUAGUUGCAUUUCCGAGAUACGGUAACAUAGAGGCUCAAAUAAUAGGGAGACACAUGCCUAGGCUGAAGCAUUUGGAGCUUCAAUACUGUACAAUGACUGUUAAAGGUCUUAACUCGGUUUGUAAAGGAUGUUCCAAUCUAGAGUACAUGGACUUAUCCGGGUGUAUAUCAUUGACAAACAGUGAGAUAACGAGAUGUGCCUCGAGCUUGAAGAAUUUGUUGGAGAUCAAGAAGCCUAACUUCAACCGGCCGGUUGAUAUUUUACUCCUUCCAAAUUGAAGAAAAUAAUGGUGAUGGUAACUUUACUUGUUUAUGGUUCCUUUUGUGUUAUUUUGAUGAUGUUAUUUGCUUAUUGUUGUUGAUGAGAAGAGAGUUGGUCUUCCUUGUUGUAAGGACUUGCUUCUUGUAUUUUUCUACUUAAAACAAUGAAAAGAGGCCAUUUGAUUGCCAAAUAAAAGUAGCUUUUCACCCAA